AUGAGUGCAAUCAUUUUUUAUAGAGGCAUUACAUAUUCACGACUCUCAGCGAGAAAGCUGUUGGGACGGUUUCAAUCAACAACCAGUAGGGCGGAUAAUAGGAUUGAGCCUGAGACUGUUGAAAGCGGUUUGAAAGCCAACAUUGAAGAUCCCGAAAAGGCACCAGAGGAUGAAGUUUUCUCACUACGCCAGAAACAAUUUAACGAUCAAGUUGUUGAGCAAUUGAAUUCAAUUUCUCAGCUGUACAAAGAUGAAUACAGCACCUUUGAGUCACAGUUGAAACAAAACUUAACUGCAAAGGAAAAGCAAUUAGAUGAAGAGCUGGCUGAUUUUCUCAAGAAGUAUUCUCAAUUGAACAAACUGAUAAAUGCGGAGGAUGACGCUCAAGAUUUAUCCCAUAAAUUUAUUUCUGCAGCAGCGACUCAAAAUAGAAGAUAUCCUUACUUAGUGCCAUCUGCGAGGGAUAAACCUUAUACACCUCAAGAACUUUUCUUACGUCAAAUGAAACAUGCCAAACAUACUGCUAGACUAGGCGCAAACAUAGAGAAAGUAUAUUUCCCCCAUCGGGAUGUGCAUAAUCCACCUACAGCUGAUAAAAUGUCUAUUCAAAAAUUGCUAGCGGCAGGGGUUCAUUUGGGUCAAUCAACCUCAUUAUGGAGACCUUCUACACAAUCAUUUGUGUAUGGUGAGUACAAAGGGAUCCAUAUCAUUGAUUUGAACAAGACAUUAUCCUAUUUGAAAAGAGCUGCAAAAGUUGUUGAAGGCAUUGCCGAAAGGGGCGGUAUUAUCUUAUUUUUAGGAACUAGAGACGGACAGAAAAGGGCGCUAGAGGAAGCAGCAAAAAAAACUCACGGCUUUUACAUAUCAACUAGAUGGAUACCUGGCACUUUAACCAAUUCGACGGAGAUUUCAGGUGUUUGGGAGAGACAUGAAGUUGAUUUUGCAGACCGUCCGACUGGCAGAGUACUGUCACCCGAUGAAAACUCUAGUAUUGUUAAGCCAGACCUUUUGGUCGUCCUGAAUCCCACAGAGAAUAGAAAUGCUUUAAAAGAAGCAAUGCAAGCUAGGAUUCCUACGAUUGGUAUAAUUGAUACGGAUUCAGAGCCAUCAAUUGUAACGUAUCCAAUUCCUGGUAAUGAUGAUUCUUUACGCUCAGUUAAUCUUCUGUUGAGUGUCUUAGCCAAAGCUGGUGAAACCGGAUUGCGUAAUCGUAUUCGGAAAGUCGUUGGUACUGAAUGA